CGUAGGGGUUGCUGUGUCCGCCAUCUUGGACCCCGCGUUAGCGGUGGCGGCGGUGGUGCGCCGCGUCUGGGGAGUGGCCCUUUUCUCCCCUCCUCCCCGGCUCGGUGGCGGGGGCUCCUCCCACUGGAGGGGGGUGGUGCGACGGCGGUGGCGUCUAGGGCCAUGGCGGCGUCUACUGCUAACCCGGAAAUGACAUCAGAUGUUCCAUCACUGGGUCCAGCCAUUGCCUCCGGGAACCAUGGGUCUGGGAUUCAGGGUGGAGGAGCAGUUGUCCAGAGAGCUAUCAAACGUCGACCAGGGUUGGAUUUUGAUGAUGAUGGAGAAGGGAACAGUAAAUUUUUGAGGUGUGAUGAUGACCAGAUGUCUAACGAUAAGGAGCGUUUUGCCAGGUCGGAUGAUGAGCAGAGUUCUGCAGAUAAAGAACGGCUCGCCAGAGAAAAUCACAGUGAAAUUGAACGGCGGCGACGGAACAAGAUGACGGCAUACAUCACAGAACUGUCAGAUAUGGUACCCACCUGCAGUGCCCUGGCUCGAAAACCAGACAAGCUAACCAUCUUACGCAUGGCAGUUUCUCACAUGAAGUCCUUGCGAGGAACUGGCAACACAUCUACCGAUGGCACCUAUAAGCCAUCUUUCCUCACUGAUCAGGAACUAAAACAUUUGAUCUUAGAGGCAGCAGAUGGCUUUCUGUUUAUUGUCUCAUGUGAGACAGGCCGGGUGGUGUAUGUGUCUGACUCAGUCACCCCUGUUUUGAAUCAACCACAGUCUGAAUGGUUUGGUAGCACACUUUAUGAUCAGGUGCAUCCAGAUGAUGUAGACAAACUUCGAGAGCAGCUUUCGACUUCGGAAAAUGCCCUGACAGGGCGUAUUCUUGAUCUGAAGACUGGAACAGUGAAAAAAGAAGGCCAACAGUCUUCCAUGAGGAUGUGUAUGGGUUCAAGGAGGUCAUUUAUUUGCCGUAUGAGGUGUGGCAAUGGCUCUAUGGAUGCUGUCUCUAUGAAUAGACUGAGCUUUGUAAGGAACAGAUGCAGGAAUGGACUUGGCUCUGUGAAGGAUGGUGAACCUCACUUCGUGGUGGUCCACUGCACAGGUUACAUCAAGGCCUGGCCUCCAGCAGGUGUCUCCUUACCAGAUGAUGACCCAGAAGCUGGCCAGGGGAGCAAGUUUUGUCUAGUGGCCAUUGGUAGACUACAGGUUACCAGUUCGCCGAAUUGUACAGACAUGAGCAAUGUUUGCCAGCCAACAGAGUUCAUCUCUCGACACAACAUUGAGGGACUCUUCACUUUUGUGGAUCACCGCUGUGUGGCUACUGUUGGCUACCAACCACAGGAACUCUUGGGUAAAAAUAUUGUAGAAUUCUGUCAUCCUGAAGACCAGCAACUUCUAAGAGAUAGCUUCCAACAGGUGGUGAAAUUAAAAGGACAGGUGCUAUCUGUCAUGUUCCGGUUCCGGUCCAAGAACCGAGAAUGGCUCUGGAUGAGAACCAGCUCCUUUACUUUCCAGAACCCGUACUCAGAUGAAAUCGAGUACAUCAUCUGUACGAACACUAAUGUGAAAAACUCCAGCCAGGAACCACGGUCUACACUAUCUAGCACAAUUCAGAGACCACAACUAGGUCCCACAGCUAAUUUACCCCUGGAUAUGGGCACAGGGCAGCUGGCACCCAGGCAACAACAACCAGAAUUAGAUGUGGUACCAGGAAGAGAUGGACUGGCAGGCUACAAUCAUUCCCAGGUUUCUGUUCAGUCUGUAACAACCACUGGGCCAGAACAUAGUAAAGCCCUUGAGAAGUCAGAUGGUCUAUUUACCCAGGAUAGAGACCCAAGAUUUUCAGAAAUCUACUCCAGUAUUAAUGCAGAUCAAAGUAAAGGCAUCUCCUCCAGCACUGUCCCUGCCACCCAACAGCUAUUCUCCCAGGGCAGCACAUUCCCUUCUACCCCCCGGUCGGCAGAGAAUUUCAGAAACAGUGGUCUGGCCCCUUCUGUAACCAUCGUUCAGCCAACAGCUUCCGCCGGGCAGAUGUUGGCCCAGAUUUCCCGACACUCCAACCCCCCACAGGGAGCGGCCCCAGCUUGGACCCCUAGUACACGCCCCGGCUUUUCUGCCCAGCAGAUAUCUACCCAAGCUACAGCCAAGACUCGUUCUCAGUUUGGUGUGGGCAAUUUUCAGGCUCCAUCCUCCUUCAGUCCCAUGUCACUCCCUGGUGCUUCCACUACGUCACCGGGUACUGCUGCCUACCCUAGUCUCACAAAUCGUGGAUCCAACUUUGCUCCAGAGACUGGACAGACUGCAGCACAAUUCCAGACACGAACAACAGAGAAUGUGGGUGUCUGGCCACAGUGGCAGGGCCAGCAGCCCCAUCAUCGAUCAAGUUCUAAUGAGCAACAUGUUCAACAACCAUCAGCACAGCAAACUGGUCAACCUGAGGUCUUCCAGGAGAUGCUAUCCAUGCUGGGAGAACAGAGCAACAGCUACAACAAUGAAGAAUUUCCUGAUCUGACUAUGUUUCCCUCCUUUUCAGAAUAGAACUAUUGGGGUGAGGACAAGGGGUGGGGGAGAAAAAUCAGUGUUUGUUUUUAAAAAGCAAAUCUUUCUGUAAACAGAAUAAAAGUUCCUCUCCCUUCCCUUCCCUCACCCCUAAUGUUUACCCCUUUCCCUUUCCCUCCUGCCUCUCUGGCAUGGCAUUUAUAGAAAUGAACUGAGUCUUCAAGGAUUUGAGAACUUUUCAAAAGAUUAGGGGUUGAGUAAGACUAAGAACAUCUUUCCUUACGUCCUGUGAUAAGAAGCUUGUACAGAUAUGAUUUGUGCUAAAGUGAAGGGGCAAGUUAGAGAACUCGGCACCAUUAUUUGCCUUGGAUACAGUGGCUUGGUUUUCAAAGAAAUUUUGAGUAAGAUGGGAGAGAGAGAUGUUCUCAUAUUUGAGGACCAUGAAACAUGUUAGGUAUAUUGGGAACUUUAAAAAAUGAACUUGGGCUCUUCUGCUGCCUGUAAGCAGUUCCUCUGGAAAGAAAAAAUGUGAGUGAGGAAGUGAGAAAGAAUGUGUGUGUCUGUGUAUGUGUGCUUUUGUUUGUUUGUUUCUCCCAUUUUGGGAAUUAUGCAAAAUGUGUCCCAGAUUUUAUCUUUAUUAUUUCUGUGUGUUUUUCAAAGAGUCAUAGUUCAGUCUGCUACUUAAUUCCCACUUAGUAUUGCAGCCAAGGAGUAUUUAAGUACAUGUCUUUACUGUCAGCAAGCAUACAAAGUGUGUCAAUAUGGCUGAUCUCUUGUUGAACAUACAUUGUGAUAAAGCUGGGCAGUUCCUGCUUUUGGUGCUCUCAGCUUAUAUAGAACAUCUGCAAACAUUACAGAUGUAGGCUGGCAAGAUAAACAUUUUCAAAAACCCCAGAUAUGGCCUUAUGGGUAAUGCUGCAUUUCUUGGUCAGAAUCACAUACAAUGUAUGUUCUCUAGAGGUUAUUGCCACAUGGAAACUCAACUUCUUGGAUCAACAGUCCUGUUGAAAAUCCUCACUGCUGGAGUUUAAGCCAAAUAUCAAGCCUUCAUGUAAAGUAGCUACUUUAAUCUGAUUCUCAAAGUAUCCUGUACUUGUACAAGUAUUCCUUGGCAAGAAAUAGAUUUAGGUCACUCCUGGUUCUGUAGUUUUUCUUUGCUUAGUCUCCAAUCUUGAGAUUGGAUUUGCAAAUGUAAUAAAAGUAUGUGAUAGAUGGGUUCUGGGCUCCCAUCUUGACAGGGUCAUAUAGGUAUGAACUAUAGCCAUAUAAAUAUAGAUACAGGUUACUACUCUCACUUCACCUUCCUCAGGUAACAAUCACAUCUAUCAGCCUUUUUUGUUUUGUUUGGUUCUUAAUUGGCUCAGGCCAGAAUCUUAAGUACAAUUCUGAAUUAAUAAGGAGAAGUCAUAUUAAAUGUAGCCAUAGGGGACUGAAGAGCACAGAUGGCCUUAGAGAGGCUGAGAGAAUGUCGUUAUGUGUUUCCCUCCCUUUUGUCUCCAAUCUGGUGCCAGGUUGUAGAGUGGAAAAGGAGACAGUUUAUUUUUUUAUUCUAUGUGCACACAUACAGUAUAUACAUAUAUAUAUAUAUAUAUUUAUAUCACAAUUUACAAAACCAAAAAGUUGAGUUUCCAAUGCAAUCCUUGUUUUUUAGUAAUCAACUGUUUUAAAUGUGAUCAGGACUAUAAUAUUGUACAGUUAUUAUUGGACUUUGGGAGGGUGGGCAGGGAAGGGAGAAGAUGCUCUGGGGGGUUUUGUUUCUGCAUUUCCUUCAGGGUUUUAUUUUUGAUUGCUUUGUUUUGUUUCUUGUUGGCCAUUUCUGUACUGCUAGCAUUUAUGCUGGGCAGCGACAAAAAUAAUGACAUGUAGCAAAGAUUUUAAAACAAAAUAUUUUUCCUUUUGUAAA